AUGGCUGUUCGCCAUUCGCCAUGUUUAACUCGAUGUGAUGUCGUUUACAAUUGCUUUCUCUGUUUGAUUCUUCUUGAUAUUCUUGUCUCCUCCCCGUUCUCCCUGUCUCCUCCCCGUUCUCCCUGUCUCCUCCCCGUUCUCCCUGUCUCCUCCCUGUCUCCCUGUCUCCUCCCUGUCUCUCCCCGUCUCCUCCCCCGUCUCCUCCCUGUCUCUCCUGUCUCCUCCCCUGUCUCUCCCCGUCUCCUCCCUGUCUCCCUGUCUCCUCCCUGUCUCCCUGUCUCCUCCCUGUCUCUCCCCGUCUCCUCCCUGUCUCUCCCCCGUCUCCUCCCUGUCUCUCCCCCGUCUCCUCCCUGUCUCUCCCCGUCUCCUCCCCUAUCCUCCCUGUCUCCUCCCCUCUAUCCUCCCUGUUCUCCCUGUCUCUCCCCCAUCCUCCCUGUUCUCCCUGUAUCCUCCCUGUUCCCCUGUCUCUGCCACUGUCUCCUCCCCGUUCUCCCCCCCACUGUCUCCUCCCCUGUUCUCCCCACUGUCUCCUCCCCUGUUCUCCCCACUGUCUCCUCCCCGUUCUCCCCCACUGUCUCCUCCACGUUCUCCCCGUCUCUGCCACUGUCUCCUCCACGUUCUCCCUUGUCGUUUCGCAUGUUUUUGUCUCUGAACUCAGAAGAGCAGACGACCCAACCACCACGUGGCCACAUUGUGUCGGAAGGUGGCGGGUUGAUUCCCUCGCAUAUACGAAACCGCCCUUCUUCCAACACUAGACGUGAGAGCACGGAAACUACAGAACCGGACAAAAAAGAUGAGCAUCAUCGAAGUUGUCUGAAAGAAAGGGCGGCAGCCAUUAAAAUUAACCAGGAAGAUCCAAACGGGAAAACAUUCUCGCCGGAGUGUACAGCUACUGGCAAAUACAAAAAGACUCAGUGCUACAAUAAUAUAUGUUGGUGCGUUGAUGAAGAAACAGGCAAAAGUAUUCAUGCCACCACAUCGUUCAACAAAUCUCUUAACUGUGAUAUGAAACCUGACCGUGAAAUGAAAGGUUGUCCUCGGUCUCAGAAACGAAGAUUUCUUGUUGAUUUGAUGACUGAACUCAAAGCAGAAUUAAGAGCCGAUAGAAAUGCAACAGAAACCAUUGAUAGUGUGCCGACUGAAGAUCUGUCAGGUGAACUUGAACCCAGCAUCGUCGUUAAAUGGAAAAUGAAUUCCUUGGAUGUCAAUAAAAAUGGCCUGUUGGAGCGCAAAGAAUUGACUAAAUUCAAGCGAGAUCUUCGAAAGCGAAAAAAGAAAUCCCGAAAGUGCGGUAGAAAUUUCUUACGAUACUGCGAUGCGGAUAAAAACAAGAAAAUUACACUCGAAGAAUUUAAUGAUUGUAUGGGAGUAAAUCGCAAUUACCACAGUAUGAGGAUCGAUUCCCACCGAUUUGGACAAAAUCCGCUUAACAUCCCCCUCCUCUCUCCGCCCCGAUCUCUGUCCCUUUCUCUUAUCAUUCUAUAUAUCCACAUCGACGUAUCUAUUUCCCAAAUUCUCUUGUCUCUUCCUCAUCCUUUAUCAACUCUCUCUCUAUCUAUAUCUUUACCCUCUUAUCGUCUCUUUCUUCACCUCUCCCCCAUAUGUAUUUCUUUCUAUAUCUUCCUUCUUUUCUCUCUCUCUCUCUCUCUCUCUCUAUCUAUAUAUAUAUAUAUAUAUAUAUAUAUAUCGUUCUCAUACUCCCCCGGUCUCCGUCCGCCCCUCUCUCUACUAUUCUGUAAUGUCUCUCUCACUCCACCUCCUCCUCUGCAAUAUAUCCUUCUGUCUCUUCCUCUUUUCCUCCCCAAUGUCAAUGAGACAAUGUCUCCUCCCUAUUGUACUCUCGAAUGUCUCCUCCCUCUCUCUUUCUUCUAUUCUCACUCCCUCCCUCCCUCUUCUACACCCCGAUAUAUAAACUCCCCCUCGCUUUCUGUAUUUUCUUCUUCUACUCUCCCUCGUCUACUCUCCAGUGUCGCCCUCCCUCCUACUUCUACUCUCCAAUGUCUCCCUCCCUCCUAA